CUGUCGAACAGUCUUCAUCGAAAACCAAUAAAGUGCGAUAUUUCGUACCGCAAAACGAGCAAGUGACUAAACAGUGGGGAUCCGUCCACCUUUGCUAUCAAUUUUCUAUCCUGCUCGUAGCCAGUCUAUAUAUUCAGCAGACAAGCGCUCGGACCGGCAGAAUAACCCAGAAAAGCGAGCGAACCGACCGAGGAACGAUUAUUAACAAUUAUUAACUGAUUUUCCAGACUAAUUUCCAUAUUAUCGCGAUUGUAGUGCUUCGAAAUGAGUGUGAAAAUUGCUGUGAUAUUUUGUUUGGCGAUAGUGGCAUGUGUCUCCGCUCUGCCAGCUCGUCCGAGCGAUACAGAGCUGAUUGACCCUAAAUAUGGCGACCAACCGAUCGUCGAUACCGGCGUUAUCACAGGAGGCGAUGGCGGUUUCUACGACAACUCCUUCGACAUUUUCCGAAGCAUGGAGAGUGUCAUGAGGAGAAUGCGCGAACAAAUGAACGCCCUUCUCAACCAUUUCGGAUCAAGCAAUGGUACGGUAACUGAAGUCGAAAAUUUCUCUGGUUUUGGUCUACCCGGCAUCCCGGAUCUGGAUUUGGGAAAAGGAAAUACCACAUCUGUCACCAAGGUGAUCGACGGUCACAAAGUGGUGAUCAACGAAACCAAAUACAGCAACGAGAACGCAAACGGAGGAGCCUUCUUCAAAGUACGCGUCAUCGAGGUGAAACCCGAAAAUGAAAAUGCACCGGGCGUACCCCCCAGAACCAUCCCCAGGGAUGUAGAACCCCUGGAAAACAGUCAGGAGAACGAAAUCUCGAAACAGGCCGGAUCCGAGGCUCGCUAUGGAAAUCUUGAACCUCUUGACGACGUUGAUUACACCCUUCCCAGUAAAAUAGUUCCCUUCAACAACCGAUGGGGCAACCUCGAGGACUUCGAUGAAGAAAACAGAAUCGACGGGCCCCUAGUUCAACCUCUGAGGCGGCCAUACGAUCUUAGUAACGACAUAAACGUGAACUACAUCUUGGCCAAAAAAAAUUAUCCGAUCAAUCCAGAUUCGGAAUUCAUUGGAAGUCGUAAUGCUAUCGAACCUAUACCAAAAGAACGCGAUCUUUCUCGGGAUAUUUGGGUCAAUCAGUUGAUGGCUGAUCAGCCUUACGAAUUGAAUCCGGACGCUGAAAUACUCGACCAAAAACAGCCGAAGAUGUUCGAGAAAUUCAUAAAUCCCAGAUAAUUUUCGAAUUUUAACUGUUUAGAGACGGGGCUUGAUAUUUACAGGGUGUCCUUUUUGGAAAAGAAGGUAAUAUCAGCUUGAUUGUGAUAAAUGUUUUUUACUGUAUGUUAUGGCCACUGGAACCUAUCAUUUCAUUAAUAUCUUAAAAGACUGACUGAUAUAUGUUUUUAAUUUAUACAAUCCCUGAAGGCCACUUGAAGUAUGUACUAUGUACUGGAGCGGCAAUCGUAUUUGUAAUUUCUUUUUCAGAUGCUAACUACACGUUUCAAAGCUUAAUACAUAUAGAUAUUUUCAAUGAAAUUCUCUAGAAUUCACUUAAAUUUAGAUUUUCACGAAAUAUAUCGUGCGAUUACGAUAUAAUAUCAAUAAAUCUGUACUGCAACACAAUGUAGCUAUUUAUCUAUAGCGUUCCUAAUUUAUUAAAACAAUAAAUACCUAUUUAAUAUUUUA